AUGCAACGACCUAGGGAUGUGCUGACUCUGCCGGAAGAACAGAAAAUGAUCGACAUCAAGCAACCACAUCACAACGACGUUUUAUGUGGGAGAGGCGUGACAACCAAUAGACACCCUGGAAACGAGAGCUUCCGUGCUCUUGUUGGAGUGAAUAAGGAGGUUUAUGUCAGCUCUUCUAAGAAACAAAAAAUGGCUAUAUCAAGAUCCAUUGUGGAAGCUGUUUCGCUGUUGACACCACCGGGGAGGUUCCUGGAAAAAAAUCCUCAAACUAGUUUGUGGUCUGAUAUCGGACACAAAAAAGCAGUAGAAAAGACGAGUCAAGCACUCCGGGACGGAGCCGCUAGUUUGCGGAAGCAGCUGUCGGCAGACUUGGGUGAUCCCGAUUUCUUAAAUGUUGUUUUCGAUAUGGAUGUUGUAGAGAAGGAGCAGAAUAUUCAUCAAGUUGGAUCGAAUGAAGCAAAGAAGCGGAAUUCUGGUGACAAAAUAAAAUCAAAAGGCAAGGAGAACAACAAGUCAAAAGGGAUCGAUAAAACCAGAGCCGUCAAGUCGAGGCCAACAGUGGUGAAGAAAGGGCACCGUAGGGCAAAUUCAAAUCCAAGUCUUCGCAAUCAUUGUAGAGGGAAAGUGGCGAGAGGAGAUCAUGAUGCGGAUGUUAUGGUUUCCACCUUUUCCUCGGCGCAGUCAUACGCCCCGCCGUUGUCCCCUUGUUCGACUCCUGUCCGUCAGCAGAUACCAUAUCCAAGUACACCACAAACCUGGAGUGGCAGAGCUGCUCUUUCUGAGAGUGACAACCUUGAUGGCUUACCGGAAUAUCAUCCUCAUUCUCAUCAUGAUCAUCAUGAUCAUCAUGAAACCUAUUGCUAUCAAGAUAGGCGUUCUCUGGAUUUCCCGUAUAGGUAUCCCGACACUCCAAAAGGCUGGUCCGGCGAGCAGUGGGGCACAUCUGAUUUUCGCCCUUCGCCACAUUCUCCACUUGUAAAGUAUCCGUUAUCUGCACCUGCAACUUGCCACUCAUGGUCUCCAACCGAGGCUUAUCGCCAUCCACCGAGCGGUGCGCUUCCGGCAGGACGACAUCAAUUCUCACCAGCAGGUUACCGUUCCCAAGCACACCCUGCUGACUGGGCACCGCGUAUGAUACCUCGAAGGUCAGAAUACCACCAUUCGCCACAGCUUCAUCCCAACAAUCAUAUAUUUCAUCCAAUGGCUGCGCAAAAUGGGUGGCAUCGAUCGCCAUACAUUAAUCGCGGACGUGUGCCAUGCCAUGAAUAUGACUUCCCUGAUUCGAACAGUGGCUUGUCGGUACCAGCUCUAGGCGGAGAAGCCGGCGAUCCAAUGCCUACUGGUACGCGGGUUCUGUUGGCUCCUCGAGGCCGCCGCCAAAUCGAAAAUACUCCAAGAUCUCCGAAAUAUCAGGCCUCUGACUUUGCACCACCCCCACCAUCUCCUAGACUGUCACGAGAGGCGAUGCCGGUUGAGAGAAAGACAGUCCAAAGCAUGCAUAGAGAAUCCAAGAGAAAUGACUCAGGACGAGCGUUCAGAGAAACCCAAGGUUCACCAACAGGUGAAGAGAAGAAGACUGAUGAUAGCAAACUUAGUUCCACAGAUCCCUCACACCCAAAACAAGACGAGAUUUUCUUGCCUUUGGCUUUUUCACUCAAGCCACGUCGAUGCGGACCGUAUUCGCAGUGCAAUGAAGAGGAACCGAAGAAAACCAAUUCUCCGAAAAUAGAACCGUUGGAAACACCAAGCGCAGACGAAUUCAUCAAGAAGGCGAGAGACGAUGACAUUGUGAUGUCGCCAGUUCGAGAGAACCCGAAAAGCUUGAUGGAAGUUCCUGAAAACAUCCUUACUUUGCCAAUAUCACCUUUUGGACCUAAUGACGACCCCAGCUAA